GUUGCGGUCGGACCCCAUGCGAAGGAGCUAAGGACACAAAGGUGAGCAGCAGAGACGCGGUUCCAGCUCUCCCCCGGCUCCCACUCCAGCGGGAUAGGUAGAUAAUUUCGGUAAAUUUCGCCAAGCAGGGGCAGGACAAAGUGCAUUUGAAGUCUACCGCGGGGAGAACUUACCUAAUCCUUGAAUGUUAAAAGGCUAAAAACUCCACUAGUCGGAAGUGACGUGCCAGCUUAGCCCCGCAGGUCCGCCACGUAAUUGGCCGCCGCCACAGCUAGCCACCCUCUCCCCGGACUGGCCCGAAGAGAGGAAAAGUGUGGAACUCCACAAGCCGCCCUCGCCCCGCCCUCUUCGUCGACUUUCAGCUGCACCGGGAGGCGGCGGCGCCUGGCCAGAGCCGGGGCCUGGAGCCUGGACUAGACAGCCUCGCCGGCCGGGGCGCCAGUCCAGCGCCCUGCGGGCAAUGGGCUUCAGCGCUCGAGCACGCGCAUGCGCGGGCCUGUAUCUCCAGAGGAUUCCUCGGGUCACCUGGACGCCAGCAUCUCAGCCACCUGCCCCUCUGGGUCCCUUCUUGCCCUUGAUUCCUCCUGCUGGUUCUCAUCGCCAGCCCUCCUCCUCCUUCUGCUUCCGCAGGCACCGCUAGACCCGGCCGCGGCCGUCCGCCGACACCCCAGCUUCCACUGACACGAGCCUCGGCGCGGCUUCCGCUUCCGAUUCCUUUCUUGUCUGUUAGAAACGUAUGUCAAACGAGGAUACAGUGUCUGGAACUAUUGGUUCUAAGAUACAAGUGGAAUGAGCCUGGAUCAGGAGAAGUAUGCUGAGCUAGAGUUGAAGGAAGCUUCUCUUUCUAACAAGAGAAAGCAGAGUUAAAUUAUGGCAGAGACAAGUCUGUUAGAGGCUGGGGCCUCUGCAGCCUCUACAGCUGCGGCUUUGGAGAACUUACAGGUGGAGGCGAGCUGCUCUGUGUGCCUGGAGUAUCUGAAGGAACCUGUCAUCAUUGAGUGUGGGCACAACUUCUGCAAAGCUUGCAUCACCCGCUGGUGGGAGGAUCUAGAGAGGGACUUCCCUUGUCCUGUCUGUCGAAAGACAUCCCGCUACCGCAGUCUCCGACCUAAUCGGCAACUAGGCAGUAUGGUGGAAAUUGCCAAGCAGCUCCAAGCCGUCAAGCGGAAGAUCCGGGAUGAGAGCCUCUGCCCCCAACACCAUGAGGCCCUCAGCCUUUUCUGUUAUGAGGACCAGGAGGCUGUAUGCUUGAUAUGUGCAAUUUCCCACACCCACCGGGCCCACACCGUUGUGCCACUGGACGACGCUACACAGGAGUACAAGGAAAAACUGCAGAAGUGUCUGGAGCCCCUGGAACAGAAGCUGCAGGAGAUCACUCGCUGCAAGUCCUCUGAGGAGAAGAAGCCUGGUGAGCUCAAGAGACUAGUGGAAAGUCGCCGACAGCAGAUCUUAAGGGAGUUUGAAGAGCUUCAUAGGCGGCUGGAUGAAGAGCAGCAGGUGUUGCUUUCACGACUGGAAGAAGAGGAACAGGACAUUCUGCAGCGACUCCGAGAAAAUGCUGCUCACCUUGGGGACAAGCGCCGGGACCUGGCCCACUUGGCUGCUGAGGUGGAGGGCAAGUGCUUACAGUCAGGCUUCGAGAUGCUUAAGGAUGUCAAAAGUACCCUGGAAAAGAAUAUUCCUAGAAAGUUCGGAAGCUCACUCUCAAGGAUCUGUCCACGGGAUCAUAAGGCUCUCCUUGGAUUAGUAAAAGAAAUCAACAGAUGUGAAAAGGUGAAGACCAUGGAGGUGACUUCAGUAUCCAUAGAGCUGGAAAAGAACUUCAGCAAUUUCCCCCGACAGUACUUUGCCCUAAGGAAAAUCCUUAAACAGCUAAUUGCGGAUGUGACCCUGGACCCUGAGACAGCUCAUCCUAACCUAGUCCUGUCAGAGGAUCGUAAGAGCGUCAAGUUCGUGGAGACAAGACUCCGGGAUCUCCCUGACACACCAAGGCGUUUCACCUUCUACCCUUGCGUCCUGGCUACUGAGGGUUUCACCUCAGGUCGACACUACUGGGAGGUGGAGGUGGGCGACAAGACCCACUGGGCAGUGGGUGUAUGCCGGGACUCCGUGAGCCGAAAGGGCGAGUUGACUCCACUCCCUGAGACUGGCUACUGGCGGGUGCGGCUAUGGAAUGGGGACAAAUAUGCAGCCACCACCACACCUUUUACCCCUUUGCACAUCAAGGUGAAACCCAAGCGGGUAGGCAUAUUCCUAGACUAUGAGGCCGGCACACUGUCUUUCUACAAUGUCACAGACCGCUCUCAUAUCUACACCUUCACUGAUACUUUUACUGAGAAACUUUGGCCCCUCUUCUACCCAGGCAUCCGGGCUGGACGGAAGAAUGCUGCACCACUUACCAUCAGGCCCCCAACAGAUUGGGAGUGACAGGUUGGGAUGUGGGAAUGACUCGGGUGAGGCAGGGUCAAGUGCUACGGGCCUCCUUCCUGUGUCCUGCUGGAACGUCUUCGUGUCCACCUGGGUCCAGUCCUGAAUCAUCUUGGAGAAACACCUUGGUUUCUAGGAUGGUUUUGUGUGGAGGGGGAGGUAGGACUGGGCUGGAUGAGAGAGCACAGCUGUGACUUCCUCCUAACUGUCAGGGUGGGGAGCUGGUUCCCAGAGGAUUGUCUACCCUGAAGUCCAUCAGGUUUUCUGUUGCACAAGGACGGGUCAGGAAGGAAGGAGAGGCUUUUCCAGAAACAAAAAAUCUGUGAGGGUCUGACUUGCUCAAACCAGAGGAGGAAACAGAAACCCCUGCACAUCUUUUUAGGGGGUUCUUUGACCCAGGAUAGUCUUGCUUCUUGAGGUAGAUCACAGGGGUCUGUGUAUCUCUGAAUUCAUGAGAGAUGAAUGACAGAUGCUCUCAUGGGUCUAGAUAUUGAGGAGUUUUUCUGAGGGCAGAGAUUGGACAUCAACAAGGCUAGAAGGGUCAGGGAAGUGGGCUAAAGGAACAGAUUCCUAGAGAUUAAUGAAGAGGAGGGAGGUUUCUUUGGUCUUCUAUUCCAAGGGUAAGGUUGCGAUUAUGGGUAGGAUUGGCCAGAGGUAGGAAUGUGGGGAGAAGGAGAGGCUGAAAAGAAAGCAGAGGUGAACCCAGGUCCCUGCCUCAGCCUUCAGCAGAGUUGGCUUAUUGCCUGCCUCUAUACCAAUAAGUCAGUCACCUUGCUCCUCUCCAGAGGCAAAGUGGAAGAGAUCCUGCAAGACACAUCUAUCCUUUCACAGUGUUCCCAUGGGAACUUGGAAAGGAGAGUCAGGUAUUAGAGGAAAGAGAAGGGUAUUUGUAUCCAAAGCCCUGGCCUUAAAGAAUGUUACUAAGUAGCUACUCCCAAAUUGUCAGCCUUCUUACCUGGCCAAGGUGUCCAAGCCAGAAAGGAAAAAAGGUUGUGGAGUCUUUCUCACCCUAAGGACAGGGUGGAAGAGUGUGGUAUAUAGGGAAGGGCCAGAUAGGCAACUUCAUUUGGCCUGUGUGCAUCUGGCCUGGAACUGGUGUUAAGCCAGGCUUUUGCUUGUUUGUUGCCAUCCCUCACCCUUUGCCAUUUCCCUUUUCAGAGAAUGUAAAUGAUUUUCAUGUUAGGCCAAAAUAAACAACUUAUAGGGUACAUAUGUUGUCAUAAAAGGUAAAAGUGAUGCAUGCCAAACCAAACUAAACCAAUUUGGAUUAUCUGCUGUUCGGGUAAUCUUCACAGAAAUGACUGAGAGAAGAAUCUGCAGUUUACUGAGGGCAUUUCAGUUCCUCCUACCACCUCAACAGGACUUUGUCCAGACUCUCCUCCUCUUACCUUUGUGCCUUGACUGUGGUUCUUUGUGGCAAGAUACUUUGGUUGGUUAAAAUAAUAUGGAACAAAGGAUCCACUGAAGUGA